CAGCGGCUUUGUUUCAGUCAUACGAGAGCUGGCGCAAUGAGCAGUAGCCACCUCUUACGCGCCCUGCGACGCAUGUUGGGCAUGGGGCGUCGCCAGCUACCGGUUGAUGGCCGUAAUGUAAUACUCAUCACCGGCUGUGAUUCCGGCCUGGGUCACUGCCUGGCUGUCUACUGCCACAAUGUGCUCUCCAUGACGGUCGUCUCCUGCUGCCACAACCUUAAGUCGGAUGGGGCACGCCUCCUCCAGCAAUUGAGUUCGCGGAUGCACACCUUAGAGUUGGAUCUGUUGCAGCCAUGCUCCAUCCAGCUGGUGCAAGAGAGACUUCAGGACAUACUGGCAAAGGAUUCGAGCUACCAGCUGACGGCACUCGUGAACAAUGCGGGCGUGAUGUGCUUCGGGGAGUUCGAGUGGCAGGUGCCCGAACAAAUUGAGAUGCAGAUCAAUUGCAAUCUCCUGGGAACGAUGCGAUUGACGCGCCAGUUGCUGCCGCUGCUGAGACAACAGCAGGGAAGGAUCAUCAACGUGACCAGUCACUGUGGGCUGCAGGCGCUGCCGGCCCUCGCUCCCUAUGCCGCCUCCAAGGCGGCCCUGCGUUUCUGGACGGACUCCUUGCGCAUCGAGCUGCAGCAGUAUGGCAUGGAGGUAGUCAACUUUAUACCCGGCUCCUUCGUUCUGGACAGCAACAUUGCGGCACGCCAGCAGCAGCACGCACAGCGAAUGCGGGAAGGUUUCAGCGCGGAGCAGCAUGCCCACUACGAUGUCUACUUUGAGCACUUCAAUGGAUAUCUGAAAAUCGUGUCAGGCUAUAAGGCGCCCAAUCAGCUGAAGGAUGAGUUGCUGCUGGCCAAGUUCAAGGAUGCCCUGACCAGCACACAACCAGCGUCGCUGUACAUACACGAGCCCUGGCGAUAUCGUGUGUAUCGGUGGCUCUUUUGCAUCUGUCCCACGCCGCUUGUGGACUGGCUUACCCUGCGGUUCUGUGCGAUGCCCACAUAUGAAACAAGCGGCGCGAAGAUUGGGUAGUUGGUAGUCUAAACAUUUACUGGAGCACAUUAAAAUACUUGGCUAGGGCUGUGGCUAAUAAAAUUGAGUAAAAUGCA